AUGACUAUUUCUAAUGACAAGAACGUGUAUGAAUUAGAUGAUGGCUAUUCUCUUUCAUUGGAGAAUGAGUCUGUGGAGUAUCUUAAGAUAGAACUUUAUCGAAAUCGUACACUGAUUUGCCAUACUUCGCUAAAUGAUAAUCAAUGUUCAGCUAUAACACAUCGUUUAUGCGAUGGAAGAAACGAAUUUUAUGAUUUACUCAUCGAUGUGCUCCGUAGUGCAAAAUCUGACGUUCGUGUUCUUGAUUCAAAACAUUUGGAGAUCACCUGCACUAUACGUUUUGGCUGUCAGCAAUCGUUUACAAAAGUAUGGAUGUUUAAAAUACAAUUGGAACGCACUCUUUCAGCGGAUGAUGGAAAAAAAGAUGAUAUCUCUUUGGAUCCACAAGAUUGGAGUGCAAUUCGUUCGUUAGGUCAUCGAAUCAUGGAUGAUAUGGUCGAUUAUUUACGCGAUCUUCGACUCCGACCUGCAUGGCACCAAAUACCAUUGGAAAUAAGAAAAGCCAUCGCACAAACUGAUCUACCGAUUUAUGGUCAAUCAGCAUCCGACGUAUACAGUGAAGUAUACUCACAUAUACUUCCCUAUCCGGUAGGUAACAUUCAUCCACAUUUCUGGGGUUAUGUCCAAGGAACUGGCUCAGUCGUAGGUGCAUUUGCUGAAUUAAUUAGUGGAACGAUGAAUACAAUGUCAUGGGGUGGACAUCAAUCGAGUAUUUAUAUUGAACGGCAAGUUCUAUCAUGGUUGAAAGUACUGAUGGGUUUUCCUGAUGAUGAUACGAGUUCAGGUGUGUUAGUAAGCGGAACAUCAGUAGCAACGAUUAUUGCAUUGGCUACAGCUCGAAAGAAAUUCUCGAAUCGGAUUAUGAAAGUUUAUUGUACAAAAGAAACGCAUAGUUGUAUCAUAAGAGCAAUGGAUCUAUUAAACAUUGGAAAAGAAAAUUUGAUAUUUAUUCCAACGAAUUCCGAAAGACAAAUAGAUUUGAAGCUAUUGGAAACACUGAUUGACUCACAAUCAUGUGGAUUUAUUGUUGGUAGCGCCGGUACAGUUGGCACUGGUGCCAUUGACGACUUUCAAGGUAUAGCUGAUAUAUGUAUGAGAAGACAAAGUGAGCUUUGGUUUCAUAUCGACGGUGCUAUUGGUGCAGUGGCUCGCUGUUCCAAACGUUUACGCCUAUUACUCAGCGGCUUUGAACGUGCCGAUUCCAUUGCAUUUGACUUACAUAAAUGGCUUUUUGUUCCGUAUGAAUGCGGUUGUAUUCUUAUACGAGACGGAAAGUUGCACAAAGCAACAUUUAGUCAACCAACUGCCUCUUAUUUAACAUUAAUGAGUGGUGGAAUAACACCGAGUGAGGGCGAAGUUUUUUUUAGUGACUAUGGUUUAGAAUUAUCACGAAAUAUGAAAUCAUUAAAAGUGUGGAUGACAUUGAAAACAUAUGGUAUUGAAACAUUCGGACGAAUUAUGGAGCAGAAUGUUGAUCAAGCGAAAUAUUUCACUCAAUUACUUCAACAACAUUCAAACCGAUUUCAGAUCUUAGCAACAGGUCCGUUGAAUAUUGUUUGUUUCCGAUAUAUUGCAUCGGAUACCGACCUCGUUGACUCGGACAUACAGAAUAAAUUCAAUAAACACCUGUUGAUUACUAUUCAAGAGCGUGGCAUCGCAGUAGUAUCACCAAUUGUAUUCGAUAAUGAGAAAUUUGGCUUACGAAUGUGUAUUACGAAUCAUCGUACAAGAAUGUCUGAUAUGGACGAAUUUAUGACCAAAUUGAUUGAACUGACGGAUGAAUUUUUAGAUUUAGAAGAGUAUUCGUGUUUGAAGAAUUUAACGAAAUAA